GGAAAUCGUUUCAGCCUCAGGAUAAAAGCCACAGUAGCGUAUAUCCGAAGCAAGAUAAAAUCUGGUGAAAACGCUCGUUCAUCGCCAACAAAAGUGGACGCACUCGAAUGGCAACAAUCCUUUCAGAAUUUACUCCAAAAUAAACUUGGUCGUCAGUUAUUUCGAAUGUUUUUGGUGCAUGAGUUCAGUGAGGAGAAUAUCGACUUUUGGACUGAAUGUGAGGAAUAUUCGAAGAUGAAAGCCGGCAAAAAACAAACGGAACAACGCGCCCGAGAUAUUUACAAUAAGUAUUUGGCCGUUCAAGCAUGGCGAGAAGUGAAUUUAGAUACGAUCACUCGUAUGAAGACAAAAGCAGCAAUUGGUGAGGGUGCAGGGCCGGAAACCUUUCUGGUGGCACAAAAGAAAAUCGAAUGUUUGAUGGAGAAGGACAGUUAUCGACGAUUUCUGAAAUCGAAACUCUUUACGGAUAUUUUUGUGGAAACCGAUAAAUGCUCUCCAACGAAUAGCGUCUCGAAAUGUGAAAUUGUCGGUGAUUUAUAG